UAUCUAUACUUGUCUUUAUCUAUGUUAGACAUGGCCGAUGGUUGUAUACAGCUUGAAUGGAAUUUAAAGUGAAAAAUGGUUUGUUUUAAGUUGUUGGCAGUUUUCCUGGGACUUUGACGAUAGCCGGAUAAAAUGACCGGUUGGAGUGGCGUUGAGGAGACUCACAGCUUCGGAAUAGCUAUUUACAACUACAACGAACCAGAGGCUUUCAAAUUGAAGCUAACCGUUGGAGAUGCGGUGCGAAUAUUAGAGGAAGAAAAUGAUUGGUACUACGGCUACGUGAUCAGCAAGCGUCAUGUACUCGGAUUAUUUCCCAAAAGCUACGUGCAUCGCAAACCCUGCGAAAAAUUCGACUGUGGUCUUCCCGUCUUCAAAGACCCGGCAAUCUGCCAUGAAAUCACGUCGGUUCUUCGGGAAUGGGGCGGCCACUGGAAAAACUUGUAUGUUACGCACGAUGAUCGCUUCGAGGAUAUCAAGAACCAGAUCUAUGAACUGAUUGGAUUGCGAAGCAAAAUCGUCAGUGGCACUUUGCCCAUCGAUGAAAUCAAGCGAGUCACCAAGCAGGCUGCUGAAGAAAUCGACUUGGGCAAUCGCAGGCUCAAUCUGGAUCUGGUAGUCCGGGAUAAAAGUGGUCAUCUGAUUAAUCCAGAUGUUACGAGCACCAUCCAGUUGUUUAACUGCCACAAAGCUGCCACUGAGCGGAUGAAUAACAGAACCAAGACUGACGAAAAAAAUGAGCAGCCGAAAUCGGCCAUCCAACAAUACUCCAACAUUUUCCUGGUGGCUGUGAAGAAUUUCACCGGGAAGAUAAGUGAAGAUGCUCAGCUACUGAUGUGCCUUUACGACGCCAAAGAGUUUAAGCCAAUCACUGAGAGCUAUGUGGUGCACUGGACGAAAGAGGGCCUGAUGAGUGAUAUUGAUGAGAUGUACAACCUUAGAGUGAUGUUUACAGAUUUGGGCAAAAAGGACUUGGCAAGAGAGAAAAUCUACCUAGUAUGUUACGUGGUGCGCAUCGGCUUGAUGGACGUGAAAGAAGUGGAUCAUCGUCGGAGUUCUCUGAGCGUAACCAAUAGAAAAACUUCCUAUGAAAGCAUGCGAAGGCCCUGCGGAGUGGCCGCCAUGGAUGUAACCAGUUGCAUGCACUCAAAGGUGGACACCGAUCUCGAAAAGGAAUUUGCAGUUCCUUUUGUAAGCUGUGAGAAGGACAAUCUGGACCAAACCCUAAGGAAGAUAAUCACCAAAGAGCGGAUUGAGCACAAGAAUCCCGCUCUGUUUGUCAGCAUGAAGCUACUCAGAGGAGAUCUAAAGCAGGUCAGAGAAGAGAACCCGCAUUUGGUGCUCGGCAAUGUGUCGCGGGCCCGAAAGAUGGGAUUUCCCGAAGUGAUUCUCCCGGGUGAUGUGAGAAACGAUCUCUAUUUGACCAUUGUGAAUGGCGAAUUUUCGAAAGGCAAUAAAACCAGCGAGAAAAACGUCGAAGUGGUGGUGAAAGUUUGCAAUGAAAAAGGCCAAACUAUUCCUGGCGUUAUAAGCUUGGGCGGUGGAGUUAAGCGUCAAAUAGAAGAGACCAGCGAGUAUCGUUCAGUGAUUUACUACCAUGAGGACAAACCCCAGUGGCAUGAAACCUUCAAAAUCGCCCUGCGAAUCGAAGAGUUCAAAUCGAGCCAUUUGAAGUUCACCUUCAAGCAUCGCUCUUCCAACGAGGCGAAAGACAAAAGCGAGAAGCCGUUUGCUAUGAGUUACGUGAAGCUUAUGCAAGAAAAUGGAGUUACUCUCUCCGAUGCUGUGCACAACCUAAUCGUCUACAAGAUUGACUCUAAGAAGUACGACGAGAGCAGCUUGGAUUAUUUUAAGUUGCCGUGUUUCGUCAGUGAAAGAUUAGACAACUCGAAACCGCAAGUACCAGGGUUAGUCGCUAGCACCAAGGACUGCUUCAAUAUCUCUUCUAAUAUCUGCUCCACCAAACUGACUCAGAACGUUAAUCUCUUGGGCCUGUUGAACUGGGCCACUCACAAACACACUAUAUCAGAAUCGCUGCAGAACUUCAUGCAUGUGGUGGGCGAGGAAAUCGUCAAGUUUCUGCAAGAUAUUUUGGACGCUCUGUUUAACAUCCUGAUGGACGAGCCGGACAACGAUAAAUACGACAUCAUGGUAUUCGAGUGCUUGUUGCAUAUUAUAAGCCUGGUGACCAACGACUGGAAGUAUCUUCACUUUGAGCCAGUCCUCGAUAUGUACAUUAAAGAGAGCUUUAGUGCCACUUUGGCCUACAAAAAACUGAUCUCCAUCCUUAAGUCAGUGAUCGGCAAGGCCAGCUACAGUACAAUUGCCACCAACGAUAAUUUAAUAUUCAAAACAAUGAAAGCGUUGCAGUACAUCAUGAGGUUUGUGUCCCGGUCGCGCAUUCUCUUCUUGGAGGUCUAUCCAGAAAUUAACCCAGAAGAUGAGUUCGAUGAGAGCGUGCGGGAACUGUUGCGCGAUAUCAUCUACAUGAUGUCCUCCGAUAACGAUAAAGUUUUGCGUGAACAAGGCGCUUGCUUGAAGUAUUUUCCCAAUACCAUUCCGGAUUUUUUGCUGAUUUUUGACAAGUGCGAAUUAAGCAUCAUUCUCUGCGAUCUACUGAUGAGCAUUCCCCCAGGGAGGUUGACGAAACAGAAGAUGAUGACUAUCAACGAUAUCGUUCACAGCAAACUCUGCCUGUACCCGGACUGCAGGCAGAUAAUGUUCCCAUUGAUUACCAACCAAGUGAAAGCUUUGCUCGAGGCCAAGGACGAGGGUGUUGUGAUGCGGCAAGAUGGGCGCAGACAAAACAGAUCAGUGGCCAAGGUGGCUCAGCUGCUCGGCACGACCCGGCAUUGCGUCAAUCAGCACGUCGGAUACUCAGAAGAGGUGGAAUUGUGCAUCAAAAUCCUGAGCGAUAUACUAGAGCUGCUUUUCCGGAAGAAUAUUGGACCCACGUUCAACGACAUCACUGAAGUGAUCCAGACGGAUUUGCGCACCAUCAUCCAGAGCCACAUCAAGAUGGAAAGAGAAAAUCCCCACUGUAGCCAUUUAGCCACGGUAAUGUUGGACGUGUUCCGGCAAAUGACCACUGAACACUACGAGAACUACAUCGAAAGAUUCACCACCGACUACGAUAAACUGGACUUCCUCAUGGAAAUUCUGGUGGUUUUCAAGGAUCUGGUGAGCAGCAGUUUGGUCUACCCGAAAGACUGGUGCGACAUGAUCAUGCUACAGAAUAGCAUAAUUCUGAAAUCCUUAAGGUUUUUUUCUCACACGAUUCGCGACAGGUUCUUCAAGAAGUUCGAGCAUGAUGCGUGGAACAACUUCUUCUACUGCGCCAUUGCGUUUAUGACGCAGGAGGCGCUCCAAUUGGAGAACUUUUCCUUCAACAAGCGGAUGCGCAUUGUCAAUCAAUACAAGGACAUGCGUAGGGAAAUGGGCUUUGAAAUUAGGUCCAUGUGGUUCAAUUUGGGCCAGUACAAGGUCCAGUUUGUGCCAUCGCUAGUGGGACUAAUUCUCGAAAUGACCCUGAUCCCCGAAGUGGAGCUACGCACUCACACGAUCCCCAUCUUCUUCGACAUGAUGCAAUGCGAGUUCUACUCGUCAAAGUUGGAGCUGGAGAGUUUCGGGGACACAAAGCGCGACUCCUCCCACAUCAAAGCCAACUUUGGCGAGUUUGAAAACGAAAUGAUCGUGAAAUUGGACGCCCUGUUCGAGGGCGGCCGGGGCGACUGCGAGUACAAAGAGUUGUUCUACAAUAUUAUGAAGGAAUUGUGCGAGAAACAUACCACGAUGCGGGACGAGGGAAUCAAGUUUGUGGAAGUCGUGGCCAGGCUGAUGGAGAGUUUGUUGGAGUAUCGGUACAUCAUCUCAAACGACAACAAGGAGAGCACCAUGAGUUGUACCGUCAAUCUGUUGGACUUCUACUCGGAGAUUAACAAGAAGGAGAUGUACAUUCGGUACUUGAACAAGCUGUUUGAUUUGCACAUUGACUGUGACAACUACACAGAGGCUGCAUUCACUUUGGAACUGCACACGAAGCUUUUGCAGUGGUCCGACGAAUCUCUAUCGCCGCUGCUGAAAGGCGACAAGUAUAUGAACAACGCGAAAAGCCAUCGAAAAUUAAAGGAAGUGCUUUACUAUACAAUCAUCGAUAACUACAGUAAAGGAAAGAUGUGGGAAUACGCCAUUGACAAGUGCAAGGAACUCGCACAGCAGUACGAGAAGGAAACUUUCGACUACGAGCGCUUGAGCGAGUUACACCAGAGGCUGGCCGAGUUCUACGACAGCAUCAUGAGGCACACUCGACUAGAACCCGAAUAUUUCCGUGUGGGAUAUUACGGAAAAGGAUUUCCGCGCUUUUUGCAGAACAAAGUGUUUGUUUACAGAGGCAAAGAGUACGAGCGCUUGGCGGAUUUUAACGCCCGCAUCAUGAACGAGUUUCCCAAAGCGGAGCUUUUGAACAAACUCACACCACCAGGCGAUGAAAUACGAAAUUCGGAUGGACAAUUCAUUCAAAUCAACAAAGUGGACCCAGUUAUGGAGGAAAAGCGACAACGGUUCUCCGGAAAGCCGGUUUGCGAUCAAAUUGUGCGAUUUUACAAGGUGAAUAAUAUCAAAAAGUUCACAUUUUCGCGCCCGAUCAAAAGGAAAGACCCCUACAUCGCUACUGAUAAUGAGUUUGCGCACAUGUGGCUGGAACAGACCGAGCUGGUAACCACUUACCCUCUACCGGGAAUUUUGCGAUGGUUCCCGGUGGAGAAAACCACCCUGAAGGAGAUCUCGCCGUUGCAUAACGCUAUCGAAACGUUGGACAAGUCCAAUAAGAUGCUGAUGAACUUUAUCACUGUUUACAACAAGGACAAGAACAUGCAAAUCAAUCCUUUGAGUCUCACGCUCAAUGGAAUUCUGGACGCUGCAGUUAUGGGCGGCAUCAAAAAUUAUGAAGAAGUAUUCUUCACCGCCGAAUAUCUGAAACACCACGCUGAAGAUGAUGUGUUGGUGAAUCGACUGAAAGAUUUGAUUGCCGAUCAAAUUCCGCUGUUGGAUUUGUGCGUACAGAUUCACAAGCAGAAAGCGCCCGACAAUUUGCAACCUUUGCAGAAGAGGAUGGAAGACUGUUUCGCUUUUAUGAAAGCCGAGGUGGAGAAAAAGUACGGCAGAAGAGACUGUGAUAUUAAAUUGGAAACAGAAGUACAAAUGCGAAGACACUACAGUAUUACCAGCGACACCAGGCUCUCCGAUGUAACCAUCACUCCCGAUCGAGUGUCGCAGCAGAGCAACACGAGAAGCCUGCUCGGCUCACCCUCUAAAAGCCUCUCGGCGACGCCGUCUCUCAGUUAUAAAAAGUCCACGAAAAUGUCGAAGAGAAGACGUAGCAAGACGGAAACUGUUAGCAUGUCAUCGCCCAGCUCGGGAGCCGCUCAGUGGUACACAAUGGAGGAGAGUUUUUCUACAUCGGCAGCAUCGACUCCUACCGGAAAUGGACCUGCAACUCCACCCAUUGAGCUUACACAAGAGGUUUAUCGCUUGCAGCUGCAUCCUAAGAGGCCCUUGAGAUCGGAAGUGGAGAAGGAAAAGCGCCUGAGCAGACCAUCGAGCGGACAGUUUUCCAGACCGGCCAGUAUUUCUUUGCAGGUUCGGGGGACCAGCAGUUCGGGGACGAGCAGUAAUAGAGAUUCUAUUGGUACUACUGACUCUAAUAUUAGUGAAGAGGAUCUUUUGCCGCCACCACUGCCGGCCAAGCACAAAGACAGCAUGCCUGACUUUAGCAGUCUGACCAUCAACGAGAAUUUGAGCUUCUUGCAUGCGCGCAACUCAGUUACGAGGUAUUCCUGCCAAGUGCGGGAAACCAGCCUGCACAGGGGAGAAGUUGAGCAGGCUGACAUACCGCCUAGUCCGCCCCCGAAGCCGCCCAAAACUAAACCACACGGCGUCGCCCUGUCCUGACCAGUACAAACGUAGCCAAAGCAUUUUAAUCUAACUAGCUCCGCUUGCAUGGAUUUUUCACACCAAAUAGUGCAAUUCUUAGAAAGAUCCGUUUACUUUUUUAGGUGCAUUUUUCCACCAUGGUUCUUGUCAUCAUUAAGCUUGCAUUUAUUUAUUUUCUCUCGUGGGUCCAUCUCAUUUGCUAGGUUUUUCACUAUACUAAUGAAAAAUUGAUUGUUUUAUUGAAUUUUCUGAUUCAGCAACACCCUAUAUUAGUUGUACAUUUCGUUACCACAAGUGCCAUUUCGUCGAGUGUUCAUCGACAGUGUGUAGUAUUUGUGUAAAUUACAUGUAACCAAAGAAGUAGCUUGUAUCUUUAUAUACUGUUGAUGACAUUACAUUUUUAUAUUUUC